AUGAGAUUUCUUGAUUUGUUCAUUCUCUUGAUAUUAGUACCAGUGGCCUGGGCUCAAGCAUGGUCACAGGGGUUGCCAAGUCUAAGCCGCAGAAGCUUCUUGGCUGUUGCAAAAGAGAAUGAUUUCCUGGCUUCACCAAAGGGGACAUUCUCUAGUGGAUUUUACGAGGUUGGCACUAAUGCAUAUUGUUUUGCAAUAUGGUUCACCAACUCGGUUAACAAGACCGUGGUUUGGAUGGCCAACAGAGACAAGCCAGUUAAUGGAAGGCAUUCCAGGUUAACCCUCCAUGGAAAUGGAAAUCUGGUCUUGACUGAUGAAGAUGAAUCAGUAGUAUGGUCAACUGACACAUUAACAAAUGCAGGUGUCGAAGCUCGGCUUCUUGAAACAGGAAAUUUGGUACUGGUCAACCAAGCCAAGAGGAUCAUCUGGGAGAGUUUUGAAUUCCCCACGGACACACUCCUUCCAUCUCAGCCAUUUACCAAGAACACAACCUUGGUCUCUAUGAGAAGUCGAGGUACAUACUUAUCGGGAGUUUAUAAUUUGAAAUUCGAUGAUAAUAUUGUUUUGAAUCUCAUCUUCAAUGGUCCUCUAUUGUCAAGUGUCUACUGGCCAAGUACAAAGGUGACCGUAUUUGAGAGUGGCAGAACAUCUUAUAAUAGCACCAGAAAAGCAAUUCUAAAUGAUUUUGGACAUUUUGAAUCAAGUGAUAAUUUUGUAUUCAAAGCAACUGAUUAUGGAGUCGGUCCAAAGAGGCGCUUAACAUUAGAUUAUGAUGGAAUUUUGAGAUUGUAUAGUUUAGAUGAUUCAACCGGGCUAUGGAAAAUCUCAUGGAUCCCUGUUGACCUUUAUAAUUGCCAUGUUCAUGGGUUGUGCGGUGAAAAUGGUAUUUGCGUUUGCAGCCCGCAAUCAACUUGCAUUUGCCCUGAUGGUUUCAACAGAAAUAAUCCUUCAGACUGGUCCAAGGGUUGCUCUCCUUCGUUUAAUCUGACUUGUGAUCCAACUAAAUUGAAUUUCAUGCAGCUUAAGAGCACAGAUUUCCAAGGAUAUGACUUGGUUACCUAUGCUAGACGCAUUUCCUUUGAAGAAUGCAGAAAUCGGUGUCUAAGUGAUUGCACAUGCAAGGGGUUUGGAUAUUCGACAGAUGGACUAGGCAGCUGUUAUCCGAAAGGUACUCUCCUAAACGGCUAUCGUGUACCGAGUAAAGCCCUCAAUAUGCAUAUAAAGAUUCUUAGAGGAACAGUAAUCUCUUCUCUGGAGCCGAGGAAUGUGGGGACAAAUGACCUGAACUGUUCAAAUGAGGCUCUUGCUGAGGGAGGAAAAACCAGUAAGAACUCGCACAUCAAAUAUUUGAUUGCCUUCGUGAGUGCCUUCGCAGUCAUUGAAAUAAGUUGCAUUGGUUUGGCAUGGUGGUAUGUCUUCAGGAAGCACAUGCACAAGGAAUUGGCCAAUAUGGGACAGUUUGUACUAGCCAUGGGCUUCAAACGUUUCACUUAUGCGGAACUGAAAAGGGCAACAAAGAAUUUCAAGCAAGAGAUAGGAACUGGGGGCUUUGGGACAGUUUAUAAAGGAGUUCUGGAAGACGAAAGAGUUAUAGCCGUGAAGAGACUGGGAGGUGUUUUGCAAGGAGAUGCUGAAUUUUGGGCGGAGGUGAGCAUCAUAGGGAAGAUCAAUCACAUGAAUUUGGUGAAACUGUGGGGAUUUUGUGCUGAGAAUGAGCACAAGUUGGUGGUUUAUGAGUAUGUGGAAAAUGGUUCACUGGAUAAAAUCUUAUUCAGUGAUUCAGCCAGCAAAUUAGACUGGAACCAAAGAUACAACAUUGCAGUAGGAACUGCAAGGGGUUUGUCAUAUCUACAUGAAGAGUGCCUAGAGUGGGUACUCCACUGUGAUGUGAAACCUCAAAAUAUACUGUUGGAUGAUCAUCUUGAACCUAAAGUGGCCGACUUUGGUCUGUCAAAGCUGUUCAUAGACCGGCAUGACACAUUGUUUUCCAAGGUGCGUGGCACGAUAGGAUACUUGGCUCCAGAAUGGAUGAUGAACCAACAUAUUGAUGCAAAAGCCGAUGUGUACAGCUAUGGUGUUGUCCUGUUGGAGCUAUUGAGUGGAAAGACAGCCUCCGGUUUUCAAUUAGCUACUCCUCACGGCGAGUGCAAUAAUUUGGUACAAUGGGCGACUAAACAACACAUGACACCAGAAGGGCUAAGGAAAGUAAUUGAUCCCAGACUGAAAAAUGAAUCCUACGAGGAGAAGAUUGAUAGAAUGAUAGAAGUUGCUCUGCUGUGUGUAGCAGAAGAUCGUCAUUCGAGGCCUCCAAUGAGCAAAGUUGUGGAGCUCUUGACUGCAUAUGAUGAGUCAAACCCAGAUGAGAAGAGGAAUGAUUGAAUUCUAGAAUUCCAGGCUUAAGAUUUCCAGUGUUUCCUCUGGGAAAAAAUAUGUAAUCAAUAAAUGUAAUACCAACAUGAAGCUGCAAAGAUCAUUACUAUUCUUUCUUCA